AUGAGACACCGCCUCUCGGGAAGAAAACUUGGCCGCCCCACAGCGCAACGCAUGCUGAUGCUGCGAGGGAUGGUGACGGACCUGCUCAGGCAUGAGAGCAUCAGGACUACGGAAGCGAAGGCGCGCGAGGUGCGCCCGCUCGCAGAGAAGAUUAUAACGCGGGGCAAGCACGGGACGCUGCACCAACGCAGGCAGGCAGCCGCCUUCCUGACCGACGACGAUGUGCUGCGAAAGGUAUUUGACGAGCUUGCGGAACGCUACGAAAACAGGCCCGGCGGUUACACCCGUCUCACUAAGCUAGGACCGCGCAAGGGUGAUGCCGCGCCCAUGGCAGUGAUCGAGUUGAUGCCCUAG